UGCUGAUGGAGCACGGCCUCCUGAGGAAGGAGGACCGCCGACGAGAACCGGGGUGGCUCCGCCGAGCCAAGAGGUGUCGCGACGAAAGGAGCGAGCGCCGGCGCAAAGUGCUUCGGCUAGGGGAUGGCGACGAGGCAGUCUCAUCGGAUGAUGACGCGCCCAGCGCCUGCCCUGAGCGACAUGGCGCGCGGGACGGCCAGGCUGUGAAAGAUGAUGUGAAGGAUCUGAGAGCGGCCUACAGCUCCUCGCGGGGCCUGGGCGCUCACCAGCUCCCGCUCCUCAAGCUGCUGAUGUGUCGAGGGCUGUACCCACAACUGGCGGUGUCCGAUGAGUUCAACAGCUCCCGGAAGGACUCGGAGCAGAUCUUCCACACAAAACAUUUGCAAGGGGUUGUUCUGCACCCGACCAGUGUUUACAGCAACAAGCCCUCCCUACUUCACCCCGAAGAGGAGAAAUGCAAAGGACAAGACCAGGGUUCGGAGGGCAACCGGUGCCCCCAGCACCAGCUGCUCGCCUAUGUGUCGCUGCUGAAGACCAACAAGCCGUACCUGCUGAACUGCAUCUGUGUGCCCGCGCUUCAGACUCUGCUGCUCCUUGGCCGAUCCCUGGAUACCAACGCGGACUGCUCGCGGGUGGUGGUCGAUGGUUGGCUGGAAUUGGUCCUGUCCCGGCCCACGGAGGGUACGGGGCUGAUGACGGCCAUCCGGAGGCUGCGCGAGGCCUGGGAGCAGGCCCUGACUGACUGCCUGGAACGUCAAGGUGAGACGGACGGAGAGGGAGGCGCUGGUGAGCUGGCCCCUGGGAGAGCCAACAGCAGACUGCGGCGGGAGCUCCUGGACUUUCUGGAAGCUGAGAUGCCGUACACCCUGCGCCGUCUCACGGCUCUGGAGAAGCAGAACCUGUAUGUGGGCCCCCAGGUGGUGAUGGAAAUGCCAGCACUCUCAGGUCUGUCUGCUGGGCUUGCGGAGUGUCGAGCCGACCCAACGAAAGGGGGCCUCAAGGUCACAGACUACUUCACAUAUAACUGUCUCACGGACAGUCAGGACCUUUACAGUAACUGCCUCCGGACUUUUUGGUCCUGUCCAAUCUGUGACCUCUACAUGCCCUUUACCCCGCUGGAGCGCAUGGAGCACGAGAUGACCUGCGGAGCACAGGAACGCCGGGAAUCUGGCUUGCCACCCGACUUCGUCGAACCGGCCCCUCCAGUGCCCUCCGCCCUCCAGGUCUCCUACCGCUGCAGCGUCUGCGAGCAGGACUUCCUCUUCACCCCCACGCAGGUCCUGAGGCACAAGAGGCAGCACGCCAGCGACGCGCACGUCCAAAAGGAGGGCACGUAGCGCCGGCUCGGGGAGGGUCCCGCGAGGCAUCCAGCCGGGGAAACGAAAAUCCAAGACUUCCCACCGAAGCUUGUUCACAGUCAGGACAUUCCAGCAAGAAUGCCACAUUUUGGGGAGAGGGGGAGCUGUAUUCUGUGAAGGCACUGGGCUCCGUUUUGUUCUUGUUUUGAAAAGGAAAGGCGGGCAAGGGAGCGUUCCUUGCCACUCGACGAACACGGAAGUGUCUCUGUGCCAGUGGCCCCCUGGUGGCGGACAGCUGUAACUGCAGCGUGACUGUUUACAUAGGAUUCUCCUGCAAGGGGGGAUAAACCUUUGAAGUUUAAACAAAAAUAUAUAUAAUCAAGGGCGAUCAUCA